AUGAUCAACAAUCACAACGCCCUCGUCUCUCUCAACCAGAUUCUUCAUAUCUCUGUCGCUCCUCUCCACCGUGUCAGAUCUGCCUCCGCUUUUACUUACGUCCUCUAUAGCCGAUACGGAUCUAAGGAAGAUCUGAACUCCUACGCUGCACAUCCAUAUCACGUUCCCGUUGUUAAGGAAUCGGUGUUACUGAUCUGCGAAGACGUCAUGGCUGUUGACUGGAUCGCUGAUAAAAUCCCCGGAACCCUAGCUCCUCCUCCUGGUUCCGUUGCUAAAAUCACUUUCCUUAAGGUGAAAGAGAAUGUUUCCGAUGAGGCUAAAUCGGAGAUUGUUGAUGUGAUUAAGGGGCUUCGUGAGAAAUUUCCAGGGAUUGGUCAGAUUACUUGUUCGGAAAACUCUGGUCGGAGUUCCUCUCUCCCUCCGGGUUUCAGGUUUUCCAUCUGCAAAAUCGAUUUUGGAAUUUUCUGA